UGGGUGCGUGCGGGAGCGGAAACCUGUCUCGUACCGUACUUAAAUGCAGAGCGAAAGCAUGAAUCGAAGAGCGAAUCCCCCAGCAUCAUCCUCAAAAUGCGCGUCGCUCUACCUUCUCUCCUCUUUCUCACCCUCGGCUCUGUCGUGGCAGCCGACGAGACCAAAUUCUAUACCCAGGAACUCUGCUCGACGAAGCUGGGCAGUAGAUCGCAGCGCCAUGUUGCCACUGCCACCUAUGCAGUCACGGCGACGAUUGUGUUGCCGGCGCGAACAAAGGUCGUGCGGUCCACCAGCACCGUCACGCCAGCCACCGUGACUGUGAGCCAGACGUCGACUUCUACGGCAACCUCGUAUGUGACGACGCAGACCACAGACACGGCAACAACGACACUCACAGAGACAGAGACGGACACCGUGACCUCGACAGCCACGUCGACGACGACGACGACUACCACGUCCACCAGCACGGUAGCCUCGACGACGACAAUCGCGCCCGCAGGCUUCACACCGAUCCUCUCUUCAUCCAGCUACGUGCCACGCGAUAUCCAGGACGCCAGCGCCGACAGACUCUUCCCGAGAGGCACGAGAAAGCAGGACAAUACCCUCGUCUGCAAGGGGGGCAAGCCCAAGCGGCCGGCUGCGCUGCGAUACCCGCAAAAAGUCAACUGCAAAGCGGCGGUGGAAGCGGUGAUUGUGCGCACCAAGACCAGAACCGCAUCGCCAACGACGAUCACGGCAGCAGCCCCGACGACUACCCAGACUGUCAGCGUCACCACAACGGCAACCGACACGAGCACGCUGGCCGAUGUCACGGUCACAGAGACCGAGACCGACACGGAGACGAGCACGUCGACUGCGACGACCACUUCCACCGUCACGGCCACGACGACGGUGACCGAUGUCGUUCCCUCGGCGACGGAGUAUGCCAUCUGCGGCGCCGACAACUUUGCCAAUUCCGCCAAUGGAGCGCAGGCCCUCACCGGGGUGGAGCCCUACGCACAGGUCGACUAUUAUUCCGACACCACAUCGGCAGCCCAGUGCUGCAGCCGAUGCCAGGCCGCCACCAGCUGCUCCUACUUUGUCUACAUUUCAAACAGCUGCUAUCUCGGCAACCCCACCACCUGCCAAGCGGGCGUCAACAACGCCAACUUCUACACUUCAGCGGGCUCUGACCCCGCCGACGGUUUCACCGUUGGCAACGGUGCCUGUGGCGCUAUCCACGACUCUGGUAGUUAUUGAUUUUUUCUCUCUUUCUCUUCCAGCCUCUUGACGUCGCUUGACAUGCCACCGUCUCAUGAAAUCAUAAAAAGAAAUCACAGCUCAUUGUUGUACCUAACAUGGAGAAGUUAUCUGUUCCGCAGUGGACUUGAGAAAAGGGACUCGUACGAGAUAAAUACUCCUGAUUGGCUUUCUCAACU